UCCAAAACACUGUAGCCAUUUCCAACCAUUUCCAACUACUAAACCCUCUCCCUAUAAGAGGAGACAAAUUCAAAAAGGCCACUAUCCUAAGAUUAACAAUCAGAAUAGGUAACACAGCCAACGAAUCGUAGUAGAAUGAAUAGCAACACUGAUUUCCCAAUCGUAGUAGAAUGAAUAGCAACACUGAUUUCCCAAUCGUAGUAGAAUGAAUAGCAACACUGAUUUCCCAUGCCAUCUAGUACCCUUCUCAAUCUGAGAGUACUCUGUAGAGAGGGUCGCUUAAAAGAGGCAUUACACAUUCUGCUUACUACACGCAACCAUUCUGUAGACUCUUCUACAUAUCUUGAUUUAUUGCAGGUCUGUUUUGCGAAGAACUCGCUUUCAGAAGGUAAGCAAAUCCACUCUCACAUCAAUGGCAGGGGUUUCACAUUUGCCUCACAAACUUUUUUACAAAAUACACUUAUUAACAUGUAUGCAAAGUGUGGAAGUUUGGUGAGUGCUCGCAAGGUAUUUGAUCAGAUGACUCAACCAGACGUCUUCUCAUGGAAUAUGAUAAUUGCAGCUUAUAAAAGGCAUGGGUUGUCUCAAGAAGCAUUGAGAGUGUUUAACAAAAUGCAACCCACAGGUGUGCCGCCUGAUCACAUCACAUUCACAAUUAUAGUCAGUGUUUGUGCCAAUGUGGCAUCUGUAAAACAUGGUUUUCAGAUCCAUGGAAAAAUCAUAAGGUGUGGGUUUCAAUCUAAUAUUAGUGUUACCAAUACCCUGAUAGAUAUGUAUGCAAAAUGUAGGAGGAUACAGAAGGCAGGCGAACUGUUUGACAAAAUGCCUAAAAGAGAUGUGGUGACAUGGACUGCAAUGAUUGCUGGGCAUGCACAAAAUGGGUUUGUUGAAAUAGCAUUGGAUAUUUUUAAACAGAUGCAGUUGGCAGAUGUAGAACCAAACUCAGCAACCUUUGCCAGCAUACUCCCAUCAUGUGCCAAAAUGGGAGCUUUGGAACAGGGUAUGGAAAUGCAUCAGAAAAUAAUUGAAAACGGAUUCUUAUCUGGUGUUGUAGUUGUGACUGCUUUGAUGGACAUGUAUGCUAAAUGUGGGAGCAUAGAGAAAGCACGGGAAUUAUUUGACAAGAUGCCUCAACGAAAUGCUGUUUCAUGGAAUGCUAUGAUAACAGGAUAUGCACAAAAUGGUGCUCUUAAUGAGGCUCUAAGGAUUUUCGAGAAAAUACCUCAACCAAAUGUGGUCUCGUGGACUGCAAUCAUUGCUGGAUAUGUACAAAAUGGGUUACACGAUAAAGCCCUGGAGACUUUUGAGAAAAUGCAAUUGGCGGGUUUAAGGCCAGACUUAUCAACCUUUGCCACCAUUCUCCCAGCUUGUGCGAAACUUGGAGCUUUAAAACAGGGUAUGGAUAUCCAUCAAAAAAUAAUUGAGAGAGAAUUUUCGUCUGAUGUGGUUUUGACUGCCCUGAUAGACAUGUAUGCAAAAUGUGGCAAUUUACAGAAAGCACAAGAAUUGUUUUAUAAGCUGUCUCACCCAGAUGUGGUGUCAUGGACUGCAAUCCUUGCUGGAUAUGCACAAAAUGGUUUUUUUGAUAGAGCAUUGGAGCUUUUUAAGCAAAUGCAAUUGGCAGAUUUAAAACCAGACUCAUCAACCUUUGCUAGCAUCCUCCCAGCUUGUGCCAAACUUGGAGCUUUGGAACAGGGUGUGGAGAUACAUCAAAAAAUAAUUGAAAGUGGAGUUUUGAUUGAUGUGGUUAUGACUGCCCUGAUAGACAUGUAUGCAAAAUGUGGUAGCAUACAGAAGGCACGUAAACUGUUUGAUAAAAUACAUCAUUCACAUGUGGCCUCAUGGAAUGCAAUGAUUGCAGGAUAUGCAAUGCAUGGCUAUAGCAUGGAUGCCCUCAAACUCUUUCAAAUAAUGAAGCAUUCUGCAGUCAAUCCUGACGAUGUGAGCUUCAUUUGUGUUUUAUUUGCAUGCAGCCAUGCAGGUCUUGUGGAUGUCGGAUGUAAAUACUUCACUAGUAUGAGCGACUCUUAUUGCAUCAUCGUAACUAUAGAUCAUUACAUAUGUGUGGUUGAUCUUCUUGGCCGUGCUGGCUAUCUUGAGGAAUCCCUAAACUUUAUCAUCAAAAUGCCAAUAAAGCCUAAUGUAGUUGUGUGGAUGAGUUUACUUGGUCCUUGUAAAUCACACAAAAAUAUGAGGGUAGGCGAAUUUGUGGCAACGCUCCUUUUUGAGUUGGAUACUAAAAAUGCUGCAACUUAUGUUCUUAUGUCAAACAUUUAUGCGGAAGUAGGCAGGUGGAGUGAUGCUCAAAAGGUAAGGAGAUUGAUGAAAGAGAGAGGAAUUAAAAAGAUUCCUGGUUGUAGUUGGAUUGAAGUCAAUAAAAUUGUACAUGCCUUUUGUAUAGGAGAUAGAUCACACCCACAAACACAAGCAAUCUAUGAAAAGCUGGAAAAACUAUCUUGGGAGAUGAAGGCGGCAGGGUUCAUUCCAGAUACAAUACCUGCAUUGAAUGACGUGGAGGAGGAGGAGAAGCAAUCACUCCUGUGCCACCAUAGCGAGAAGUUGGCAAUUGCAUUUGGCUUGUUAAACACAUCCCCUUGGACAACUAUUAGAGUUGUCAAAAACCUUCGAGUGUGUGGUGAUUGCCACAAUGCAACCAAGUAUAUCUCCAAGAUUGUUUCAAGAGAAAUUGUCGUGAGAGAUGCAAAUCGUUUUCAUCAUUUCAAAGAUGGACAGUGCUCUUGCGGAGAUUACUGGUGAUGCCAUUCAAGAAAACCAUACACACAGGCUUUCAUUAUUAGAAGGCAAACAGGGUCAAACCUGAAAUGAUAAGAAGGAAUCAGGCUUCAGUUUCAGUUUCUGUAGAAGUGUUAUUUCUGAAUGUUUAGACAACCAGACCAUGCUUUUGUUUGAUGAUAUGGCAUCAUAUAAUUGGACAACUAGACAAAGUUAAAGGUUGCAAUCAGCAUGUAAUAGCAAGCGGUGCCCCCAGCGGAGGUGGCAGAGGUGGUGAUGCUGUGGGGAUGUUUCCCAAGUCUCGAUGCGUCCCCAUGGAAUACUGGGCAUUUGUUAAAAACCCAUUUUAUAAUACCAUGGAGGAGCCAUAACAUUGAAAGUUUUUUCAGAAAGCCUGCAAAGCUCUGGACUGAAAAGCUGGAAAUGAAGGCAGAAGAAUGAGAAAUAGAAAAGUGAAGUGCUUUAAGGAAAUGGAAAUGUGCUCAGCCAGCAGGAAUGUGGGAGAGAGACUUAUAAAUUAUAAUCAAAGUUUCAAACCAAUGCUUGGAUACGGUGAAGAGCGGUAGGUCAGCAUCUCUUGGUCAUUGUCUUUAUCAAGUUCUGUGGUGCUUUGUCUCGAUUAAUCUUAUUACAUGUGUUUGUCAGUUUUUCCACUUGGAAGUAAUUUAUAUCUUUACAUGCAAUUUAUAUCUGUCCACGAACAUCGAAAUAUACAAUUGUCCUGAUGAGGCUAACUACUAAAGGUUUGUUCUGAUCAUGUUAUUGAAACACUGUGUGUAGAGGAGUGAAGAAUAGAAUUCGUACCAGUAGUCAGCAAGUUCACGUGUUACUUAACGAUACUAUAAACUAUGUAGUUAGAGUUACCCAAUAAAAACUUGGAAGCAUUUGUAGUUGCUACCAGUUCCCCAAACGUUGAAUAAACUGUAUGCUUAGAUGGUAUUCUCAAAUGCAUAUCUCUUGCAUAAAUGUGUUUUUUUUUUAAAUAUGGAGGGGUGUUCUACGACACAUUA